UGCUCCAUCCCUUCGCGCCUUUCCACAAGCCGCUCGCUGCCUGCUCUGACGCUCAGUUCCCAUUCUGCUCAUCCCACACUCCGCUGCUGGACACACAGUCGAGAACAAGAAGAAGCUUCUGUAACAAGGGUGCCACCAAUGCAUUUGACGUUACCGAGCUGAUUUGGCAGAGAGUUUAUAUGCAUGUAGGAUGUAGGGGCGGAGGAGGAGGCAGGAUGGAGUGCUCCUGGAAGACAGUGCUGUUGCUGGUUUGUGCCUCUCUGGGGGUCCAGUACACAGCCAUCCGCACCCUGAGGGACUCCCUGUCUGGGCCCUGCCACGGUGGCGUCUACCACUGCCAGAGUCGACAGCCCAAAGACUCCAGGUGGAGAGCUCUGUGUGACGACAGCAUGUUGCCCAUGGAGAUGUCGGCUGCGGCCUCCCGGCGCCACAUCCUCCUGUUCACCACCACGCGCAGCGGCUCCUCCUUCACUGGCCAGCUCUUCAACCAGCACCCUGGAAUCUUCUAUGUGUUCGAACCCCUUUACCACGUCCAACAGGCCUUCACCAACUCCAGCAGCAGGCUGCGUCGGGCCCUGGACCGCCGGGCCCUGCUGGGGGCCUACCGGGACCUCCUCCUCAACCUCUACACCUGCGACCUGCGCUUCCUGGAAAACUACAUCCGCCCCGAGCCCCAGGAACACAUCACUGGGUCCUUCUUUCGCCGUAGCUCCAGCCGAGCACUCUGCUCCCCCCCUGUGUGCCCCGAGGGUGGGGAGGGGGCCUCUGGGGGUCAGCCUGAUGAGACCUGGUGUCCCAAGAAGUGUGGUGCGCUGAACCUCACCCUGGCCUCCAUGGCAUGUCUGUCGCGGGGUCACGUGGCCAUCAAAACAGUUCGUGUUCCGGAGGUGGGGGACCUGCGUACCCUGACCGAGGACCCACGGCUGGACCUCAGGAUCGUCCACUUGGUGCGCGACCCCAGAGCCAUCCUGGCCUCACGGAUGAUGGCCUUCUCUGAGCAGUUUCACGCCUGGAAGAUCUGGAAUGCUACAGGCAGGAAGCCACGCUACGUGGACCUAUCGCAGAUCACCAGCACCUGUAGGGACAUGGCGGAGUCGGCAGAGACAGGGCUGCAGAGGCCGGCGUGGCUGCGUGGACGCUACCUCCUCGUCCGUUACGAGGACCUGGCCCUCAACCCAGCGGAGAAGGCCCGGGAGCUAUACAAGUUUGUGGGACUGGAGAUGGAUGAGAACGUGCGCUCAUGGAUCGCACAGAACACCAACAACAGCGUGCCUUCUACGUCCGAGUGGAACUAUAAGUACUCCACCACCAGAGACUCCAAAGCCACAGCGGAGAGCUGGAGGCUAAGACUAGGGUUUGAUAUAGUGAGGACUUUGCAGACUCUCUGCAAUGAUACACUCUCUCUUCUAGGCUACAGGGCGGUCCACUCUGUGGCUGAUCUCAGAAACAUGUCGAAUAGUUUGGUGGAGCCCAGGACAUUUCAGACUCUCCUAUAACUGUGACCAUGCAGGUGGUUGGAUGUAAUGCUACAAAAGCUCCAUAGCGUAACUGAUAUGUUGUCUGUGUUUUCACACAGGCAGUCCAAUUUGGAUCUUUUUCCACUAAUUGGUCUUUACAAAUCCUCUCCCCUGUAACUAUUCCCCAGGUCAUUGCUUGUAAAUGACAAUGUGUUCUCAGUCAACUUACUUGGUAACAUAAGGGUUAAAUAAAAAUAAAUACAUUUUGACCAAUCAGAUCAGCUUUUUUUCCUAUAAUUGGGUAAAAGAUCAGAAUUGGACUGUCUGUGUAGACCUAGCCAGUGAUACAAAGUUGUACAUCACCAAAGAUGAUCUAUUAUAUUGACAAGACAGUCGGGUGACCGCUCUAACAAUGGAAAUAGAUGUUCUCAAAGAUGGAAGGCAGGCGGGAGGAGACGAGAUCAGGUAGAACCAUUCUAGCCAAUGAGAGUCCAGAUACGCGUGCUAACAACAUACACAACUCCAAUACAAAGUUGUUGUUUUUUCAAGUGGCACGUGCGUCCACUUAUAUCAGUGCAUUUGAAACAACCUAACCAUUACAA